AUGGGCAGCCCUCGCUUAGAGCCGUCUUCAGGCUCCAAGGCUGGCUCGACUGAGACGCCUACGGCUGUGCAGAGUGAAAGUCAUCAUAUCGAAGCGGCAUGGAAGGCACCAAAGCCCAAAGAGGGCGACACGGCGAUGGCGCUCUUCCAGGUCUCGGACGAGCUCCAUGAGCCUGUCGACCCUGCUGAAGCCAGGCGACUGCUUUGGAAGAUUGAUUUUAUGAUUCUACCGUAUCUUGCGACAACGCUGAGCUACGCCGCUAUUUUCGGGAUUAAUGAGGAUCUCAAUCUUCAUGGUACACAGUACAGCUGGCUUAGCAGCAUUUUCUACUUUGGUUUCCUGGCGUGGGCGUUUCCUACUAACUUUCUGAUGCAACGCUUGCCUAUUGGAAAAUACCUGGGAGUCAACAUUUUUAUGUGGGGCGUGUUUCUCAUGAUCCAAGCAGCGUGCCAUAAUUUUGCUACGCUUGCUGUUCUCCGAGCCCUAGGAGGAGCAGCGGAGGCCUGCGCGGACCCUGCAUUCAUGCUCAUCACGAGCAUGUGGUAUACACGACGCGAGCAACCAGUCCGAAUUGGUUUGUGGUACACAGCAAAUGGACUUGGAAUCGCACUUGGUGGUCUGCUUGGUUAUGGCAUUGGCCAUAUCAAGGGUGCUCUUCCGUCGUGGAAAUACGAAUUUCUUGUCAUUGGUGCUCUCUGUUCGGUCUGGGGAAUCGUGAUGUUCAUCUUCCUUCCUGACUCGCCCGUCUCUGCCCCUGGUCUCAGCCAGAGGGAGCGUCGAAUCGCAGUCGAGAGACUACGAGACAACCAGACCGGUAUCGAGAACAAGCAUCUCAAGCCUCACCAGGUGCUGGAAGCAUUCCUGGACUAUAAGCUUUACUUCUUCUUCACUCUAGGUCUUGUCUGCAACAUCCCCAAUGGAGGUAUCUCAAAUUUUGGGACAAUCAUCAUCCAAGGAUUCGGAUACUCUACUCUAGUAACUACUCUCAUGCAGAUCCCCUACGGAGUCCUGAUCGGACUCUCCGUGCUCGCCUGUGUCUACCUCAACGACCGCUUCGAGAACCGACGCUGCGUCUUCGUCUUGAUCUUCCUGAUCCCCAACAUUGCAGGGACAUUCGGGCUGCGCUUUGUACCCCAAGAUCGACAAGUCGGUCGACUGAUCUGCUACUACCUAACGGGUCCAUACAACGCCGCCUUCGUCCUCAUUCUGAGUAUGCAAAUUGCAAACACAGCAGGCCACACUAAAAAAGUAGUCACCAACGCCGUCCUUUUCCUCGGCUACUGCACGGGCAAUAUCGCGGGCCCGUUCUUCUUCAAAGAUUCGCAAAAACCCACCUACGAACUCGGCAUCUGGUCCAUGAUCGUAUCACACUUGAUCGAAGCCCUCAUCAUCAGCACCCUGGGGCUCUUACUCCGCUGGGAGAACAAGAAGCGAGAUCGAAUCCAGUCCCAGAUGGAGGGUGGCUUGGAAGGACGAGAUCUGGAUUCCACGGCGUUUAUGGAUUUGACGGAUCGUGAGAAUUUAAAUUUUCGGUAUAUUUAUUAA